GGGGCCGUUUAAGCGGCCUCCCGCCCGCCCCCAGUCGCCGGGUCUGGCCCCCGCCCUAUCCCGACCCCCGGCCUGGCCCACUCCGGUCCUUCUCUGCCGAGCAGGCUCCGCCUGGCACGCGGGCGGCCUCCGGAGCAGCCUAAGCCCAUGAGGGCCGCGCGCCCAGCCACCGGUGCUGACGAGACGGAGCUCCCCGGCCCCCGAGGAGGAGCGGAGGAUCAAUGCGGUUCAAGAAUCGAUUCCAGCGGUUCAUGAACCACCGGGCUCCAGCCAAUGGCCGUUACAAACCAACUUGCUAUGAACAUGCUGCUAACUGUUACACGCAUGCAUUCCUCAUUGUUCCGGCCAUCAUUGGCAGUGCCCUCCUCCAUCGGCUGUCGGAUGACUGCUGGGAAAAGAUAACAGCAUGGAUUUAUGGAAUGGGCCUCUGUGCCCUCUUCAUCGUAUCCACAGUAUUUCACAUUGUAGCAUGGAAAAAGAGUCACUUAAGGACAGUGGAGCAUUGUUUUCACAUGUGUGAUAGGAUGGUUAUCUAUUUCUUCAUUGCUGCUUCUUAUGCUCCAUGGUUAAACCUCCGUGAACUUGGACCCCUGGCGUCUCAUAUGCGUUGGUUUAUCUGGCUCAUGGCAGCUGGAGGAACCAUUUAUGUAUUUCUCUACCAUGAAAAGUAUAAGGUGGUUGAGCUCUUUUUCUAUCUCACAAUGGGAUUUUCUCCAGCAUUGGUGGUGACAUCAAUGAAUAACACCGACGGACUUCACGAACUUGCCUGUGGGGGCUUAAUUUAUUGUUUGGGAGUUGUGUUCUUCAAGAGCGACGGCAUCAUUCCAUUUGCCCAUGCCAUCUGGCACCUGUUUGUGGCCACGGCAGCUGCAGUGCAUUACUACGCCAUUUGGAAAUACCUUUACCGAAGUCCUACAGACUUUAUGCGACAUUUAUGAUGAAUCUGUACUAUGUUUCCAAACCAGUAUUAUUUCAAUUAUGGCAUUUGGGAGUGGGGUAAGAGCUGAAAUUGCUCAGGAAAGAAGAAAAGGAAAAAAAAAAAAGACAACUGCACUGACUUUCUUUAUAUCCUUUGAAUGUAAUUACUGUGAAAGUCUGAAAGCUGUGUUCUGGCUUUCCCCUCUCACAGCAAAUAAAUAAGAUAGUGAAUUAAUUAUUCAUUCCAUCCCACUAUCAUGAAGGACUCUGGAUAGGCUUGGCCAACUGAUGUUUACAAACCAGAAUUUUGUAUUUUCAUUUUACAGAUUUUACUACAUGAUUUUUCUAAAUUACUAGUUCAGGUUGUAAAAGUCAGUGUAAUAACAGCUUCCUUUUUACGAAAAAAAAAAAAAAAUUGUUUCUAUCACUCCCAUUAGCUGUGUAACGAAUCAUGGACAGAACUUACACUACUUUGUACCAUGUUUCAUCUUGGCAUAACAUGGUUAUUUUUUAAAUAGAAACCUUAGUUUUUUGUAAAUUUUUAAAAAGAGAUUUUACUGAAGUACAUCUCUGCGGUUCUUCAUUCGUGUCGUGAGUUCUCACAGCAAGCAGUCAACGUUCCGCAAAGGAACAAACAUGAUACCUCUUCUGACAGUUUUGUUAAGUGUGGAGAAAUUGCCAAUUUUUAAAAACUGCAGUUUUCCAAACUUUUCUGCCAACCUCUAACUUUGAAUUCAGUGCUGCUUUGGGCCAUAUACUUGACCUAGUGUGGUUUACCAAUGAUGGAAAGUAUUUUGAUAUCGUUAACUUUUUCAAAAGAUCCAAUUUUUUCCUCUCUCUCUGCCUUUGCCAUGUUUUCUUCAGGGUCUCUUUCAAUAGUGGAUCGCUAUUCACGUCUGUAUGAUGAUAGCAUUGUUGGGUUGGCCAUCUUCCGAAAACUCCUGAGGAACAUUAUGAAUUACAGUGAAUAAUUGUGUUGCCUGUUUGGUGCCCAAUGGUUCUGUCCCUGUCACUUAGCUUUACAUUAUUAGUUUGAUAUUCAUUUUAAAAUGUGGAAUUAGAUGCAUAAAUUCACCUUCUACCUUUCCUCAGCAUCUCCCAAUAUACCUUUUUUUUUUUUUUUAAUACAGAAGUAUUUAAAGCAUCGUUUGACAGAAACGCAUGCAUCUGUAGUCCAUGGGUUGUAUCCUGGCUCAGUGGAGUGGUAUUUAACGUGUUAUUUUUGGUUUUCUGUGUGUCUUAUAUUAAGAUUACCAUAUUAGUUGCUUUGUUGAUUAAUCUCUCCUAUUGGUGUUUUAAUAAGUGAAACAACCUUGCCUUUAGAACAGAUGCCAGAUAUUAUCUGUUGUCUCAGAAUGGGCUUGAUCAAAUGGUUAAGUCGAAUCACACACUUAGCCUUGCUAGUUCAAUUUUUGUACUGAUGUAGCUUUAAAAGAGGGUUUAUUUUGUGUGUGUAUGUUUAGAAUGCUCUGAUUUUGAAUUAUAUGGGCAUGAAGAACAGAAGAACUGACAUUUGCUGGUGAAUUCUCAAAUAGGCAAGGUACCCAGCGAUUGCAUCAACCAGACCACCUCUGUAUGCAUGCCUCUGAACAUUUGGAUGCCUCUUGUUUUACUGUGUAUAUUUUAUUUCUAAUAUAUUUACAUUCUGUGAAUUCAUUUAAAGUGUGCUCAAAAGUAACACUGUCAAAACCACUAAAAUGUAUGUAAAAAAUUGUGCUGUAGAAUAGAAUAAAAUUGUUAUUUAGACUUGUUCCA